CGUUCUAAAACCCUAGCCUACAAACCACGAAGCCCGUGCUUUAAACCCUAACAUACAACAAUCCCAUUCUUUCGCUUGCUGUCUUCUCUGGUUCAUCUGUGAAAGCACCAAGAGAAUAGGUGAUCGAGGCUAAAAAAUGCUUGUCUUGUUCGAAACUCCGGCGGGCUUUGCCCUAUUUAAAGUAUUAGAUGAAGGGAAACUCUCUAAAGUCGAGGACUUGUGGAAGGAGUUCUCGACAUCAGAAUCCGCUAGAAAGAUGGUGAAGCUGAAAGCUUUCUCCAAAUUUGAGAACACAUCUGAAGCUUUAUCAGCAGCAACAUUGCUGAUUGAUAGCAAGCCUAGCAAGGCUCUUCGCAAGUUCUUGCGUGCACAUUGUGAUGGAGAAACUUUAGCAGUGGCAGACUCAAAAUUUGGGAAUGCAAUAAAAGAAAAAUUGAAAAUAGAAUGUGUACACAAUAAUACUGUAAUGGAGCUGAUGAGGGGUGUGAGAAGUCAGUUGACUGAAUUAAUAUCUGGGUUAGCAGUUCAAGAUUUGGCUCCAAUGAGCUUGGGUUUAUCACACAGUUUAUCUAGAUACAAGCUAAAAUUUAGCCCCGAUAAGGUGGAUACUAUGAUUAUUCAGGCCAUUGGUUUGCUGGAUGAUCUUGACAAGGAGCUAAAUACGUAUGCAAUGCGAGUCCGGGAAUGGUAUGGCUGGCAUUUCCCAGAGCUUGCAAAGAUUGUACAAGACAACAUCCAUUAUGCCAAAGCAGUGAAAUUGAUGGGCAGUCGUUCAAAUGCUGCAAAGCUUGAUUUCUCUGAGAUACUGCCAGAAGAGGUUGAGACAGAACUUAAAGAGGCAGCAGUGAUUUCAAUGGGAACAGAAGUUAGUGACUUGGAUUUGAUGAAUAUCAAAGACCUAUGUGAUCAGGUGUUGUCUCUCUCAGAGUAUAGAGCUCAACUGUAUGAUUACUUAAAAAGCAGAAUGAAUACAAUUGCCCCAAAUUUGACUGCUCUUGUUGGAGAACUUGUUGGUGCUCGCCUUAUUGCACAUGGUGGCAGCUUGUUGAAUCUUGCAAAGCAGCCUGGAAGCACUGUCCAAAUUCUUGGUGCAGAAAAGGCCCUCUUUAGAGCUUUGAAGACAAAGCAUGCUACUCCAAAAUAUGGGCUUAUCUUCCAUGCAUCUUUAAUUGGUCAGGCAGCCCCAAAGCUUAAAGGAAAAAUUUCUAGAUCACUUGCUGCUAAGACUGCAUUAGCUAUUCGAUAUGAUGCUCUUGGAGAUGGCCAAGAUAACACAAUGGGGCUGGAGAACCGAGCCAAGCUUGAAGCUCGGUUGAGGAAUCUCGAGGGCAGAGAACUGGGCCGCUCGGCCGGGUCAACUAAAGGCAAACCUAAGAUAGAAUUCUAUGACAAAGAUCGGAAGAAAGGUGCAGGGGCAUUGAUAACUCCUGCUAAGACUUAUAACACCGCAGCCGAUUCGGUACUUGGACGAACUGCUGAACCGGUGGCUGAGAAGCUGGAGAAAGAGGAAGCAGUUGAGGAGGCUCCUGUUAAAGGUGAUGAAGAGAAGGAGAAGAAGGAGAAGAAGGAGAAGAAGGAGAAGAAGGAGAAGAAGAAGAAAAAGAAGGCUGAUGUUGAGGAUGCUGAUCUAAAAGGUAACAAUGAGAUUAGUGUGGAACCUGAAGGGGAAGAGACAGAGACUAAAAAGAAGAAGAAGAAAAAGAAGGCUGAAGCUGGAACUGCUGAAGCUCAAAAUGAGGACGAAGCUGUUGAACCGCAGGUGGAAGAAAAGAAGAAAAAGAAGAGAAAGCAUGCAGAAAAUGAUGAGGAAGAAACUGAGAUGCAAAGUAAGAAGAAAGAGAAAAAGAAGAAGAAGAAGAGCGAAGACUGAUCCUUGACACAAGCAUGAGGCCUGCGUCAUGGGCACACCAACGAUUUUGACUAUUUUAGGUACCAGUUUUCCCUCUAUUUUGUAAAUUUGUUUUUUAUCAAAAUCUUUCUUUUAGGUGUGGAUCUUUAUAUUAUUCUCAAUGUACUUCAACAUCUUGCUGUUGCAUAUGUAUAUGCAAUUGCGAGAAAUCGAUUUAGGAAUUACUCCUAUAUUUAAGGUAAAUUUAAAUUCAAAUUUGAAUUUUAGCGCCUAA